CAUCUAUCUGUAAGUGGUGCACAUGCUGCAGUGUUUACUUCACUUCUGUCUAUUAUCAAAUAUUUUAGGACGAUCAUAAAAGGUUUCAUAUGGUGGAAUGCAAUGAAAAAUAUGCAGCAACCAGCUACUGUGGGGUAAUGAGUCAAUCUGAUGUCUUAUAUAGCCGGUACACAGUAUGUUAUUGAGGUUGUAAUGGUCUCAGCGUCUGACUCAAUGAAUGGAAGUAUUCAAAUCAUGUAACACAAAAACUGAGGCCCACAAUAUCCUGUCCACACAAACAGAUUGGAUCCAGUUUUCCCAAUUCCACAGUGUUUAUUCCAAUUAUAAGAAGAAUUCACCAUCCUUCUUAGAUAAAUAAACAUGCACAGUCCACAGCUCUGAAAUAAUGAGUGAUUCAUGCAGCCGCGCACUACUCUCUCAAUAGAGACUGGGGCUGUUUAUAUGAGAAGAAACCACACAAUAUCCCCCCAUCAUGAUUUCAUAAGAAGCCCACAUAAUGACCAGAAUAAAGUACAUGUAUUGUGUCAACGCUGACUGUGCCAGUACGACUAACAAUCUUAAUUUUCAAUUUUUAAUAACAGCUUGGACUAGAUAUACCCACCAUCCCCUGGAGAUUAUUGCUGUAGCAAUAAACAAAUACAGUAACGUUAUAAACAGCUUGACUAAAUAAAUCAGUUUAAUGUGGCCAUGGCAGUGAGACUGUGCCAACAACAACAGCCACUCUCAGGUCAGAGCAGAGGGGUGAAAGUGUGUGUGUGGCAGAUGCCGAAUGCAAAUAUUGUUAACAACCUCUUUAACCAGAUAAGCGAUAAAGUUUCGAGAGCGCUCAAAAGUGUAACGAUGUAGCCUGGAUCCAGCCCGACUUCCCCUGACCACAACAUGUAAAUUCAUGUAAAUUCUAAAUGACGUGGCUUCCCUGGGCUUGUGUAAAAAAACUGUGACUGUGUGUACUGAAGCAACCAUUUGUUGAACAUUUUAAAUAAAGACAUUGUGUUGUGUCUGACAGAUUCAACACCCCAUCCGCGCCAUCCUCCCAAUCUUUAUCACCGUCAUUAAGGAGGGUCAUCGCUGUCAUUUCAUCAUCAUGAUGAACCUCAACAGUACUGAUUCCUGGCUUUUCAUCAAUACUUCAUUUCCCAUUGCGUCUGUAAUAGCCAGUCCGACGAACAAAAGUGGCAUGGAAGCAUAUCUCCAGAGACUGGCGCAUUUAGACGAGGGACUCUACAAUGACUUCUAUGGCCUCUGGAUUGCACUGAUGGUCAUAAACUCUCUCAUUUUCCUGGUGGGCAUGGUGCUCAACAUAGUUGCACUUUAUGUUUUCUGUUUCCGCACCAAACAAAAGACCACCUCAGUGAUCUACACCAUCAACCUGGCGGUGACUGACCUCUUGGUGAAUCUCUCUCUGCCGACUCGCAUUCUCCUCUACUACAGUGGAGGAGCCUGUCUCACCUGCUCCUACCUGCACAUCUUCAGCUACUUUGUCAACAUGUACUGUAGUAUCUUGUUCCUAACCUGCAUAUGCGUGGACCGUUACCUCGCAAUAGUGCAGGUUGAAGCCUCCCGUCGCUGGAGGAACUCCAGUGUGGCCAAGUGUGUGUGCAUCUCUGUCUGGCUGUUUGCCAUCGUGGUCACCUACUCCUUUCUCUCCUCUGCUUUCCAGCACACAGGCUGCUGCCUCUCAAAGCUCCUUUUCCUUACCAUCACAGAGUUCUUUCUGCCUCUCGUCAUUAUUGUGGUCUUCACGUUGCGCAUUAUGUGGGCCCUGGCCGACCGUCGCCUGAUGCAGCAGAGCAGGGACAGGAGAAAGAGGGCUGUUCACCUUUUGACCACUGUGCUCAUUAUCUUCACCGUCUGCUUCACACCCUUCCAUAUCAGACAGGUGGUGGUAUAUUUCUAUCCUGAAAUGCCUCAUCAUGUGAUAGUGUACCACUUAACCGUCACUCUCAGCAGUUUGAACAGCUGCAUGGAUCCCAUCGUCUACUGCUUUGUUACAAAUAAUUUCCAGGCCACUAUGAGACAUCUUUUCCGACGUGCAGAGCCAGAGCAUACCAGCGGUGACAUCGUCAGUAUGCAGCACAGCUCCAAGGCCUCAGGAGGGAACGCCAACACUAAUAAUGUGAUUAUGAUGACAAAGAUUCCCACUGCAUUGCAGAGAAACAACCUGGGGAAUAACAACACACAGUAAAACUACUUCUUUACAAGGACUGCAUGGAAGUAAAGUUACAGAGACAUCACAGCCACAGAGAUGUUUCUGGACCCUGUAACAUGCUGACCAGUGACAGGAGCAUCUUUGUGUAAUGUCACAUAAAGUGCUAAGAACUGUGACUGCUGCCAUUAAUUUUCAGUAUUGAACACCAAACAGUUCACGAAAUGCAACACAGUUGGCUCUGGGACCUAAACACUUACACUCUGUACUUGAAUAAACUUUAACAUUGACAAGAGACAUGUUGUGUCCGCAAGUAAACUUCCUCAUCAUGCCAAGAAACAUUCUCGUUAUUUUGGACCGGUGUCUUUUCUCCUGUAUAUACAAUAGAUUAAAACGUCUGGGUCUUAAUAGGAAUCGCACAAGAAAAUUAUUCUUUUAAACUUGCCUUCACAUAAGAUUAAACUACGCAAUCCACAACUCAGACA